CUUCUCCGGUUUUGGUGCGGCUGGUAUUUCUCUUCUUUAAUUGUGGUCUGCAUAUUUUUUGUGAUGCCGUUGAGCUCGUCUCUAUUGCCAGAGAUACGAGGCGCGGCGAUUGCGCCUACGAACGGAAGCCACGAUAUGACGAGACUAGUAGUCAUUGCACCUACUUUCUAUAGCGACACCAGCGACAUACGGUAUCUUCUCGGACUAGAAUCGUGCCGAAAAGCCGCCGAGUACGGGAUAGAGUUUAUCCUGGUCGAUGCUUCUCCGUCUCAGACUAUUCGAGACGSUCUUGAACAAGCCGGUCGCUCSGGUGGUGGUCAUUCCUUCGUUCGRGUGCUGCAGCAAUCAUCGAAGGGAAAAAAGGGUGCAGCACUGAGAGAGGGAAUAUCCCAUGCCGUUGAACAAUUGCGAGAAGGGAGUGACGGAAACAACAACCAGCAGAAGCAAACAAAAUCUAUGAUCGGAUUUCAGGAACUAGAAAAGGUGGAUUUGAUUCGKCACUGGAAAUUGAUUGCCAGCCACGCUAAUGAAUUGAAUGCGGACGUAGUCGUCCCGAGACGCGAGGACAAAUACUUUCGUGAGUCGUAUCCGAUUGAGCAGUAUCAUUCGGAACAAUUUGGCAACAUGUUCUUGAAUGCGCUAGGGRAAAAAAUUGGAUUCCCUUCGAUCGACUGGCUAAAUGGGCCCUUUGCAUUUGAYGUUUCGAUGGCGAAUUCAUGGCUUGAAAAUGAUGGAGAGAUAUGGGACGCACAGCUCGUGCCGAUGGUAGAUUGCUUCCUCAAGCACAAGGCUARUUUUGUGUCAUUUGAGAUCCCCUAUGUUCAUCCAUCCACCAUGAAGGAAGAAGAGGAGGGAAAUGUGACCUUCAUCGAAAAGCGACUGUACCAAGUAAACUCACUGACCRACAAAGUUGGAAAACUCAUGAAAGAUGCUGCAGUWGCGGCGACAAAAUAGAGAGGAUAGAAGUUGACUCAAUCCAAGUUAGUAAAGMCAASAAGACCCA